UCCACAUUGUGGAUUUAAUUGGGCAAUCUUUAGCUGCUGCCGUGUCACCUUUAAGUUCUAAGCUCUGGUAAUCAGUGAGCUCCAUCUCCCAGCAUCACAAGGGUUGUGUUACCAUGGCAACUAGCAAGCAGAGCUUUGUGAGAGCUACCGAGCCUCAGUGUUCAGCGUCUGCACAGAGAGAGGAAGAGACGCAUGUUAAGGCCCCUCUCACGACUAUGUAUGUCCACAGCAUUCCUGCCCCUGGCCUGCAGCCAUAUCCUCAGGCCCAACCUGGAGCCUUGCAGGAUGCAACGGUUGUACCACUGUUCCUUCCAAGGAUGUGUAGCAGCUCGACUCUGCCCUCUCUGACACUGCAUAUUGCCAGCGGGGCUGUUUUGCAACAACAAAGGCUAGUGGCUCCAGCAACCUCGGGCAGACUUAAGUCUGUUGGGAAGCAUAUUUGCCCACAGUGCGGAAAGGACUGUCUGAAGCCCAGCGUGCUUGAGAAACAUCUUCGUUGCCACACAGGAGAGCGACCAUAUCCCUGCACUACCUGUGGCAUUUCCUUCAAGACGCAGAGUAACCUUUAUAAACACAAGCGCACCCAGGCUCAUGCCCGCCUUUACAGCGAAUCUGACAAAGGCACCUUCAGCAGCCAGGAGAGCACGGAGAGUUUAAAGGACAACUGUACUAGUCCAUCCUGUGAGAUGAAUGGCCGAGAUUCAGCUGACAUGAAGAGGAGCAAAGAAGUUCUUCCUGUAGUGACAAUACCGAGCCAGGUAGACUCUAUAGAGACUAAGACAAUGUCUAUAGAAUGGGCACUUCACAAUGCUGCCAUGGUUGGAUUAAGCACAACACCAGCGCUUCAAGACAACGUAAAUUAUUUGAGAAAAACUGUGGAAUUAUCAGAUGGUGUGAAAAAUAAUCCUGCUAUCCAGCAGACAAGUGCACUGAGUGAGGAUGGAUGUACACAGCUGACUCCAAAUCGUAUGCCUCUUCAGAGGCAGGAAGCUUUAUUUUCCAAACCGUGGGAUUCCCCCAUGUCCCGAGGAAAAUCUCAAAGCCACGACAGUACAGACUCUGGCUUUAGUGACAGCAGUGAGCAGCAUUCAUCCAGCAGUCCUGGAGCAAGUUUGCAUUAUCCCAAUAUGGAAUCAUUGACAGAAACCACUAUGGACCGGCAGGAACCAGGCGCCUCCCAGACACCCUCAGAUAUGACCUCUGACCCCAAAUGCAAGGUGUCCAUUCAGGAGAAGCAGAAGCUGGAAGAACGGAUUUCAAAGCUUAUAUAUGAGAAUAGUGUGUUGGUGGAUAAUAAGCAACUGGAAACUGUGCGGCCAAGAAAGACAAUAUUGUCAAAACAAGGAAGCAUUGAUCUUCCUGUGCCAUACACUUAUAAAGACUCCUUCCAUUUUGAGAUAAAGAGCAGCAAGCAUAGCUCAAGCUCACAAAAUCAAGACAGAGGAGGUGGGGCAAUUCACGGCUCUGUGCCUACACAGCACUCCACUGGCUUGGACCAUGCACCAUUAACUCGAAGCAGUUCUUUACCCUUCCCUAUGGAUGGCAAACCCACUGAUGGAGCAAUGAAUUUGAAUCUUAGCAGACAGUGCAGUGCAGGGCAUGUUUACCCAUUGCGGUCAUCAGACCAACAAGCACCAGGUCAUCGCUCACUAGUUAGGCAGGUAGCGGUAGAUUGUCUGCCUACUGCAGAGGGAUCCCCAGUUGAAAGAGAUAGUAUUAGCAGCCUUAGUUCGGAUGGAGACAGCACUGAUGUUGGAACAGAGCCAACUAUAAAAGGAAACUACAGGAAGAAAGCCCGAAAAUUUGACUACACAAAAUGGCACACUUACAAAGGUGGGACAUUUACAAAACUCUACAAUACUGAGAAAGACUGUACACUGAAGGCGAAAAAGACUACACUGAAUUCUGACCAAAGCCUGGGAAUUCAAAUUAGCCAACAUAAGGACAAUGGAUCCGUGUCUCUGAGCUUUACUUCUUGUUCUGUUGUGACCUUACAAAAUGACUUUAAGAUGUCAUAUACCAGCUUUGAAAAUAAUAAGGGGGAAGACAUGGAAAGUGAUGAAAUAAUAACACAACACACUGACUUCCAUAUCCCAUCAGAGAGGAAGAAACAGCGCACUGGGAAUGAUGUGCAAAUGCUCAGUAUUUCAGAUCCUAGAACUGGAGAGGCAAAUGGAAAUCUGUGUGGUUUAAUUAGUCAAUUACCCCUGUCAACUUGUGCAACGUACGGUUCCAUCACAGUUCCGGCACAAAAGGUCAACAUGCAAAAUCUCCACCCGCAAGGUAGCUUCAUACAUCAGUUGUCAAAUCCAAGUCAGUUCCUUGGUAAUACUCUUUGCCCUGCUUUUUGUUUUAUCAACGUGAGUGGGACAUCUGGCACCCUGUCUGGUUCUAUCAGCAGCCCUACUGUCCCUGAAGCCAAGACCAGCUUUCCUCCCAAAUAUCAGCUGAAGAUUCCGUGUUCCACAGAUGGAGUGUCGGCUUCUUGCUCUGACUCCGCUUUUGCACAUAGCACUUGCUCCAGCAUUCCAGAUCUCAGCCAAAGCUGCCAAACUACAGUGCAGUGUCAUCUUGAGAACAGUGUACUAUCCUCAAAGCAGUGUCAGGGUGUUUCAAUAGUCACAACCUUUGACCAGAGUAAACAAGAUGUAUUAUGCGCAACAACUUCAAUGCCUAUUUUAUCGCUUUCCUGUUCAGAGCUAAAUCAAACUUUAUCCAAAUUCCUGACACAGGUUCAGUCUACCACACCUACAUCAAUUUCACUUGUUUCUCCACCAUUGCAGCAUCAAAUAUCUUUGUUGCAGAGCAACUGUGCAACACAUGUGGUAGAAAACCUGUCAACAGGUUUUGUAUCAUCAACCUCAGACAACACUCAGCCUGUUACAUCACUGAACACGUCAACAGCGAGUUAUUGUUCAGAAUCUGGUGUACAAACCUGUUCUUCAGUAACUACGACACCUACAGUACAAAACCAUCCUGCCUCCCCUGUGAAUGAAUCAGGAAAACCUCUUGGUCUUACAGGGGACACCAAAUCCACAGUGUAUGAGAAUACUCUGAAAAGCAAGGCCUCUAAAAUGGCCACUGAUGACUUUCAAGGGUCCCAGUCUGAAGGAAACAUGAUACUACUAAAUGGCUCAGCACAGGCUCAGAACACAUUUUAUGUACGAACAGCAGACCUCCAGAUAGUCAUGCAGCUCAUUUCUGAUGAACAGCUAGCGCUGAUAGAGCCUCAUAUUGAAACAACUACUUCAAGCAAUUUAACAAACCAGACAACACUUUCACAGGAGGUGUAUAGCAAUGAUGUGACUCGUGUGUGCAUGGCACAGGAAAUGGUAAAUAAUGCUGAGAUGAGCAAAAAGAGUGGUUCCAGUUGUGAAUCUGCCAGUCCAAUAAACAAAGCGGAAAUUGUUUGUAGUUUAAACUCUCAAAAUGAUAAAAAUUUUACAAAUGGAAGCCCUCAGUGUGUUUCAUCUUGGUCACAUCCACAGAAAAAGGUUCAUAUCUCAGCCUCAGUGGAUUACAAAACAAGUUCAAUUGGACAAUUGUAUGAACCACAGAAGAUACCUGAAAAUUCACAGGAGAGAAAAUCUCCUGCGUUUGAAGUUACCACAGAGACACGCCACAAACUAGCGGCUGGAGACAAACCAAGUGAACCUCGUUUAGUGGACAGUAACUAUUCUAGAAGAGGGAAUGACAAAGAGCCCCAAAACUGUUCUGUCCAUAACCACGAUUCUGACAACUCCUCUGAGGACCAAACAUUCAUAGAGACAUCCAGAGAUAAAGAGCUGUUCUGUUUAAUGGAGCCAAAUCACAUUCAAACUAUAACAAAUACUAAGCCAGUUGAGCCAAAUGAAACAGGCCACCUCAUGCCAGUCACAUUAUCAGGAAACUGUGAAAGUAUUCAAACAAAUAUCAGAACUUGUAUUUGUGAGAAAAAGACCUCUACUGCAGAAUCACAUCAUAUGCAAAAAGAGCUAAACUCCACAAUACAACCCAGUCACAACAAGCCACACUGGGCUGCAUGUGGCAGCUCAGGUUUAGAUACAAGAGAAAUGAGAGCAUGUGACAAAUGUGACUUUGGGAAUGACACCUAUAGUGAAGUGAAAGCAUCCUGUCCGAUGCUGAACAGGACAUCUAACGUUCAUAGCAUUCUUGAAGACAGCACCAGAUGUGGAGAUGUCCAAACACACCAUGGCAAUCUGGAAAUAUUUACAGGACCUGUGAAGGAUGGUACCCUCAAAAGCUUGCAGUUUCAGAGGGACCCUAGGAAACAGAGCAAGGAAUCAAUCCCCAAAGAUCCUGAGAGUGGAGGUGGAGAGGGGGAAAGCGCCAGCACAGAGGUGGCUGACAAGAACAACACAUGCCAAGUUUUCAAAGACAAUAGCAAAAGAGACAAAAGAAAGGAAGAUGCAACUUCUUGUGAGGAGCAUCAAACAUCUACUCAAGCUCACCCACAUUUCUCUCGGGAAGUGUCCCUCAACAUUUCAGAACCACUUCAGCACGAAAAAUUUGGAGUGUCAAACAAUCCAGAAGCAUCUGUUUGCACAAACAUUGUUUCACAAACCUUUCAACAUCAAGGUCAAGGGGAAUGUAGCAACACCAGAAAAGACAGUACGGGUGAAUAUUUGGGGAACAGUCCUUCUCAAGAGACAAGCCAAAAGGAGACAUCUUCACCAAAAUAUUCUAAUCAAACAUGCAGACAUCUUUUGGUACAUCCACUCAAAGUGAAUACCACGCAAAAUGAAUUCCAAAAGGAGACACAGCCAAGGGGUCCUAUGAGCUACUGGAUUUAUUCAAAAGACAAUCAAGUACAGACAUCAAAGCACAAAAUGAGUGGCACAAUUGUAUCAGCCAGCGUUUUGCAAAAUAACUGUGGUGCUUCAAAGACUAAGAUCGUUAAUGCACGUAUUGCUUCACCAUGCAGUGCUGGGCCCAGUUCUUGCAAUGCCUCACAUCAAAUGUCUAGUCAAGAACUGCACACUUAUCAAAUAUGUCCCCCAGCCAUACAUAGCAACCCAACAUAUUUAGGUAUCAGUAGUUACUUGGAACAUGAGGACAGUAACAGCAGCAGUGAUGAUGAGCAAAAACUAGUCAUUGAACUUGAGUAAGGUGGGCGUACACACAAAACAAGGCAAAACAUCUCAUUCUCACUCCCAAGGUGUCCGAUGCUGCUAAAUGCCUCGCUAUACAGACGGCAAAAGAGCCCUUUAGCGGCUUUAGUGACUUGCCAUCAUUAGGCUGACAUGAAAACCAUGGUAUUUUAUCAUCAUUAAUCUAUAUACUGGGGUAUAACUUUGUUAAAAUGACAUACCGUAUGUUGAUGUAACAGUCAGAUCAAAGCUCAGUCGAAAUAAUGUUUUCAAAUAAUUGCAAAUAUGCAAAGUUUUUCAAGGCCAAACUAUUGCUUUGCAUGAGGAACAGACCGAAAUGUAAUCAUGAUACCAGUCUGAAUGCUGAUGCUG